UUUGGCAAAGAGGGCACACAAAUUGCUUUUUCGGAAAAAUUUUAUCUCAGCAUUUAAAAUAAAGUAGAAUAUAGAAGUUGAAAGUUGAAAAAUUAUUAUUAGAACAACGAUACGUAAGUGCUAAUCCGGCUGGUGUGUGGUGUGUUUAAGCCCGUUGCAAGUUUUUCAAGUUUCAAGUGUAAAAUAUUUGUUGAAGUGCUUCAGCUGGUAUUCUACAAAGACAUAUCACGCAAAAAGCACAUAAAACUCCCAGUACCCACACCCAGCGUCGAGGAGCAGCGUCAUAGUAUCACAGCAUCAUGGCUGACAGCGAAUUUGAAGAAUUCCAUAGGCCCAUCUUUGAACCACAUCAGCUUCAAACAUACAUGAGCCCUGGCCAAAAGAAAAAUAAUGCCCACACGUUCUAUUCCCUCAUUCCCAAUGACGAUCUUGAGGAUUCGCCAUCUUCAAAAAGUGAUACCUCCGAUCAGGAAGAUGCUGGCGGUGGAGAACUCUGCUGUGAGUCGACGAAACUUCAACGUCAAGUGGAAGAUGAUGAAAUUGGUGAUGGUCUGAAAGUGGUAUCACUCUCUUCGGAUGGUUCGCUGGACACAAACGACUCUUUCAAUUCACAUCGUCAUCAUCCAUUGAAUCAUCAGGACGCAAUAGGUGGUAUAGUUGGCACUGGUAUGGGCGCCGGCACUGGUAAUACAAUCAGCAGCGAUUGCCUUGUCGGUCCCCAAUUAUUGCUCUCGCCAAAUACAGCUGCUGCCACUGGCGCAAUUCAGCUGCAACAACGACGUAGACGAAAAUUACCGGAAAUACCCAAAAACAAGAAAUCUUCCAUUCUGCAUCUUUUAGGUGGUGGAUAUGGUCAAACUUCGUUGGCUGAUGAAAUGAAUAAUGGACGCAAUCAAUUGAAUGAAAACAGCAACGCUAUCAUAGGCCAUACAAUUAUCGGUAAUACGAAUUCCAUUAAUAAUGGAACUGUGCGAAAUAAUCAACGCUCAUUUUUGACACUUAAAUGUGGUUAUUUACUUGAUGAGGACUCUAGUCCCGAUUCGGAGCGUUUACAGAGUUUGGGUGAUGUGGAUAGCGGUCAUAGCACUGCGCAUUCACCGAAUGACUUCAAAAGCAUGUCCCCACAAAUCACUUCACCCACUUCACAAUCACCAUUUCCUCAACCAUUAGGCGGUGUGCCCUUCUCUCAAUUGGAAAUGCUUGAAGCUACACAUCGUGGCUUACACAAAUUCAUACCGCGUCAUCAUGAUGAGAUCGAAGUUGAAAUCGGCGAUGCUAUUUACGUACAAAAAGAGGCUGAUGAUCUUUGGUGCGAGGGUGUAAACUUGCGCACUGGUAGGCAGGGUAUUUUCCCAUCGGCCUAUGCAGUUGAUUUGGACUACAAUGAGUUCGAUCCCACAGUGCAACAGGUGAAGAAAGAGCGCUAUUUACUCGGUUAUUUAGGUUCGGUAGAGACAUUGGCUCACAAGGGUACAGGUGUUGUAUGCCAAGCUGUACGAAAAAUUGUUGGCGAAUAUGGAAAUUCACCAACCGGACAGGUGUGCAUACUGGAGGUGUCGGAUCAGGGACUACGAAUGGUGGAUCGUUCUGGCCCGAAUAAGAAGGACAAGAAACCGUGCAUCGAUUACUUCUACUCGUUAAAAAAUGUAUCAUUCUGCGCAUUUCAUCCACGUGAUCAUCGUUUCAUUGGCUUCAUAACGAAACAUCCAACGGUGCAACGUUUUGCAUGCCAUGUCUUCAAAGGCUCGGAAUCUACGCGACCUGUAGCUGAAGCGGUUGGUCGUGCAUUUCAACGUUUCUACCAGAAAUUCAUAGAAACAGCAUAUCCGAUCGAAGAUAUAUAUAUAGAGUAAGCAGAUUGGACGAAAUGGAGUCGCUGGUUGACAAAAUGGAUACGUUGUACUACUACAUAGAUAUUGUUAGUGCUGGUUUGCGGUUUACGUUUAUUUUUUCCAAAAAACAUGAACACAAUUAAAAGAAAAUUGUUGUCUUCAACAAUUUCAAAAUGAAUGAAGUACUCAUCAUCGCGUUAAAAAAGAAAAAUAAGAAAAUACUAAAAUAAUUAAAAAAUUUUGAAUUGUUCCAUAUUAAUGAAUAACAACAAAUUUCAUAGGAGACCUCUAUAUUGGUACACACCCGAUUUUUAGAAUUGCAUUAACUACAAAUGAAAAGAAAGCUCAAGCAAAAAUGUGUCUCAAAACCAGAUUGGAAACGUGAAAAGCUCGAUUUUGAGAAGUAUGCAUACAAAGGCUUGUGGAUAGGGCCCACAAAUUAUAGAUUUUUUUAUUACCAGGACAACUCGAUGGCUCAAUUAAUAAUACAAACACCUGGACGCACUGUUAACUAACUGUCAAUGAACAUUCAGUUCGGUUUUGAGAAAUUUGAUUUAUUUGCUAUAAAUCGAAUCUAUGCAUUUUGUUAAUUUAUUUCCAGGGACGAGAAAUCAUUAUAUGAACAUAAGUACUUAAAAUACUCGUACAGCGUGAAGAAAUGUAAAAGAGAGUUUAAGAACGGGCAAAAUCGAACUUCGUACUCCUCGUGCGCGUUUUAACUUUGUGUUAAAUAAUCGAUGUACUAUAAGAAGAAAUGCAAUAUGUUUGUUCAGUUAAGAUUAGCUGAUUACUAUAGAAAGUGGAGAAGCUAUGUAUGAAGUUUUAAUAAUUACCAAAGGAAUUCUUAACAGGAUCAAAUGCAAUGUGCAUGUUACAGCUUGAAAAUAGUAUCAAAGAUAGAAUUAGGUGAUGCACCGCCCAUUUUCCAAUUUUUUUUAUCGCAUUCCUUUUCUAAUAUGAAUUAGUAUUGCUAGUAAAGUAUUUCAACAAUUUUUGUUUCUUAGUUACAGAAAUACAGAAUUUUUGAGAACCUUGAGGAAUGGGCAUCGGUUUUCAACUAUGUACUAGGGUAGAUCGAUUUUUUUUUAUUUUUUAAACCACUUUUGACAUGCCUACAAAAAUUGUAUUUCUUUCACAGAAAUAAUUAAAUUAUAGAGGCGACAUGCUGUUGCUAUGCCACUACAAAAACUACAAAUAAGAUUAUUUAUACUAUCGCUCCACCUUAAUGGGUACGUGUCGGUAAGUUGACUGUAAUUCUACUUGAGUUUUUCGCUGCACAUACAGCCGAGCUAGAGUUGAGUUAUUGAAUUAACUGCCAUCACAAAAACGGUAACCCAGACUAUUUUUUAAAAAACAUUUGUGUAUCUCAGUAACUCAGUUAAUAAAUAAGUAAGUAGGUAAGAAAAAAUAUUUGGUAUUUUGCCGCAUGUCAUCGUUGGAAUGGCGAACGAAUCGACCGCGAUUAAUUAUGUUGAUGAGUUCGAGCGACUACUUUUGUACGAUCGUUCGUAUAAAGAACCCCAACUUUUACGAGUACAUUCGUUUGCUCCAGCAUUUAUCGCGUUCUAAGUACUAAUACUUAGUAGUCCAUUAGACUAAAUGACCUAAAUAAAUGUGAAACGUGAUAGAGAAAAAUCGGUGAAGCAAUGUCGAUUCCAUUAAACCUCUUCAGUCUUCCAAAACUUUUUCUCAAAUCUGAAAUCCCUUGUGUAUGUACAGUGGCAGCCAAUGAUUAAACUAAACUCAUCGAUUGUGCAUAAUUAUCAGUACUACUACAAUUCCGCAAUUUAUUUAUUCUGUGUUUAAAUGUUUCGGAAAUGAGCUUUAUUAAGUCGAACACUACUUAUACAGUGUUUCCAUGAUCGCAAAUUUUUCAAGUGUGCUUCAUUUUACAACAAAGUUCGACACCAACUUACUUACAUUCAACGCUCCUUAAUGCAACUUUACUGUAACUGUGACUAGUGACUUUAAUUAUUUAAUUUUUUUUAUUUAUUAAUUACGACCAAAGAGCUUAUAAACUUGGGAAAUUGGCGUAAUACUGAAGGGUAUUGUCAUCCGCUCAUGGGACUGAAGAAUUUUUUUUGGCGAUGGUCGAUUUGAUACUCACUGUCUCUACAGUAUUUUUUAGUAACUAUUAUUUGCUCAAUAAAAAGAUACUAUGCCCAAAGAUAAUUCCAUUUAGUGGCUAGUUUAGGUUAGUUUAUAUAAAUUACCACUAUUUUCGAAAGAGUAAAAAAUGGAUCUUUUACUGUUCGAGCAUUCAAAGGGUCAAUAGGUCAUAAAUACAAAGUGUAUAUACAAAUAGCACCCAUUCAAACUUCUAUUGUGCUUUAAAUUAAAAGCAACUAGAACUCAUAUGGUGGCAGUCGUAGCCGAAUGGGUUGGUGCGUGAGAACCAUUCGGAAUCCGGAGAGAACGUAGGUUCGAAUCCCGGAGAAACAAUAAAAUGAAGAAAAAGUUUUUGCUAAUAACGGUCGCCCCUCGGCAGACUAUGACAAACCUCCGAGUGCAUUUCUGCCGUGAAAAAGCUUCUCAUAAAAAAUAUCUCCCCAUUUGUGGAACAACAUCAAGACGCACACCGCAAAUAGGGUGAGGAGCUCGGCCAAACACCCAAAAAGGGUGUACGCGCCAUUUAUAUCAUAUGCAAAUAUGUAUGUAUAGCACUCAUAAUUGAUCGUAAUUUUGGUUUCAAGCAAACUCGCUUUAAGUAAUUCAACUAAAUGCCAGAAAAUUUACAUUAUAGGUGGUUUUCGGUCUAUAAAGGCCAAAAAAGAAAUGUGUGAAAAAAUUUCGCUGGAAAAUUAUUUUAAUUUAUUAAUGUAAUUAUUUUUGUAAUUUUUAAUUUUAGUUUUAUAUUUGUUUUUACAACUAAAAUAAAAAAAUUAGAUCGGUAACAAAAUAGUGGCUUCUAGAGCUUUGAGAAAAGCACUUUGGCACGUCUUUACAAAUAUGCGAGAAUAUUUAUCGGAUUGGCGUGAAAUUUCCUGAGUACACAUAUAAAAUAAGUAUUUAAGUCCCAUUAAAAAAAAAGAUGUUUGCUUUCUUCGUAUAACCUCUUGGCAAUUAAGUUUCAUAAAAUUAUCAAUUUUGUGCAACCAAAAUAGCUAAAAAUUGAGCAUUUCUCUUAAGUGGUUCUUCUCGUUUAUAAUGAUUGCCGUCCCUUUUUAUUGCCAAAAAUUGUUCAGCAACUAAAUAUAAAAUUUGCUAUUUUACUUAAAUUUAAAUUAGUUUAUAAAUAGUGUAAAAUAUAUUCAUACUAAAUAUGUGUGCUAAGGUUUGUAUGCAAGUAUUUUUGAGUAAUUUACUUUAAUUAGUUGUAACAUUAGUUAAAUUUCUAUUAAUAUUAGUUAAAUAUAAGUUUAUAUUUUGCAAUAUAAAAUUAAAUGAAAAUCAAAAUGUUUUUUACUAUCAACAAAUUUCUUUCUACCUAAAAAUGUAUAUUAAAGACAAGUUUGGGUUUUGUCAAAACAAGAGAUUAAGAAUACAUAUUGACAUUCAUGAAACCAGCACAUUGCUUUUGAAAUUAUGCAUUCAAAUGUAAAUAGUUUAGAUAAUAUGAAGUGAACUUGAUGAAGAGAUGUGCCAGGCUAAGCCAUUUGAACGCGAGAGGAUAGUGAAAGGUACUGCAGCCAAAAAUAAAACACUAAUUUAACUAAAUUUAGCUUUGAAGAAUGUAAAACAAGGAAACGGAACUUGUGAAAAAGACAUGUUAAAAAUCUAUUUUUUUAAGCAAGCCAAUGAGUUAGACUCUAAAAUAUUAUUUUAGAAAACUCCUUUGUACCGAUAUCAUCAAAUUCCUCGUGUUUUCAAAUACUUAAUGAACACCAAUCAAUAGCAAUCGGCAUUAUAAAGUGAAGUAACUAUCGAUAUUAUUACAAAAAUAAAAAUAUAUAUAGAAAAUAUAAGAAAAAAUAUGUUUAAUAGAAGUAUAGAAAUUAAAAGAUGCUUAUAUAGUAGGCGGGUCAACUUAUUUAAGGAAAAAGAACGAAAGUGGUCGCAUACCACAAAUAUACAUGUACAAGGACAUACAUAUGCAUACUGUAUAUUACAUUUUGAGAGAGUUACCCCAAUAUCUUUGCUGUUUCUCUUGCUUUUUUUUGUCUCUUUUUGUUUUUCUUUUUUGAAUGUGCGUUAAAAGGUAUUGAAUCACCUAAGCUGGAAAAUGGAAACAAAUAACCUAAGCACGCUUUCAAAAAAUUUAAUUUGUUUAUUGGUUUUUAAUAGUUUAACAAAACAAUACCAAGGUGUGCUUGAUUUUCUAAAAUUUUUGUACAGGGUGACGCAGAGUCAAUCAAUGAAAACUUUAAAUAUAAAGCUUUCAAUUAAUUUAUGUGUAUAUUGCUUUUUAAUAGUUUUUGUAUGUUACAAGGUAGUGCAAAAUUAAUCAUUUUGUUUUUAAAUAACUUUUUUACUAAGUAAAAUAAAUGAUUUUGUGAGAUGAAAAUCUUUAUUUUGCUUGUCUGUUUGUAGUCUGUGCUGUCUAGUUCACAAGAUUGACUUACGACGCCAUUGGCAAGAAUUAUAAAUCUUCUUUGCACAAACUCGUUUCUCCUUUUAAAAUCACUUCCAAUAACAAUUUCAGAAAUUCAUUACAUAUUCUUCACCAAUUUCAUCAAAAUCGACUUCAUUGAUCAUUCCUCUGCUUUAUAGUUCAAUUACAUUACUUGUACACAUACAUAGUAUAUAUAUUUUGUACAUUCUUAUAUUUGCAUACAUUAGUUUGGAGAAAUUUUUGCGUACAAUUUUGCGCUAAUGGUUUAAAGCUGUUUAAAUUUUCCUCCUGAAUUUCUUUUUCCCAAACAUAUAUUUUAUUCAAAAUCAUCUUUGAUUUGGAGGUGACAUAAAAUAAUUGAGCUGAAUAUCAAAGCAUACACCUCCAACACGGGAAACUCAGCCCAACCUACAACCCGUAUCGUACAAUUUUAUCGUAUGCCUCGGUAGUCUGGUGGAAAGCUCUAGGGAGAGAUUACAACACCAAAUUACUCGGCAGAAUACAAAAAUCAGCCUGUACAAUAACAAUCGGUGCAAUCACAUCUUUGACACACGUUAUUCCAAUAGACCUACAUAUAAUAUUAAGAAGACGGCAACCAUGAAUGCAUUUAGGUUAAAUGAAGCGGGUCGCUGGAAAAAACCUUAUUGUCAUACAAGUCUAUUUCUGCGACAAGCUCAGUUAACCUCGGAGUGGACUGACUACGGUGAUUUCAAUUUUGGCACUCUCUUUUCAUCUAGGGAAGAAUGGAAUAAGGGAUUCUCUCUAAACAAUUUCGACACUACGGUCUAUACAGAUGGCUCUAAAUUGGAUUGGUGUUACAUAGACUUAUAAUUGAAAAAUUAUCAUUUUAAUAAUACAUGCAGUGUCUUCCAGGCAGAAGUAUCGGCAGUAGGAGCAGUUGGUAGGCUACUAAUCGGAGAUUUCUCUUUUAAGGGCAAUAUCGCUAUUCUUUCGGAUCGCCAAGCUGCAAUGGAUUCGGUUACAACAACCUCUAAAGUGGUGGAGCAAAGUAGAUAUAGCCUUACCACCUUGCGUGAAAACCAUAAAGUUUCCUUAAUCUGGGUCCGAAAUUUGUUUUGCCGUCGUUUGAUAGAUGGCGGCAGACGAUGCUAAUACCAAUUUCCCUCAGGAACGGCCUCUGUCAUCAAACACGGGUACUUAUUGAACCGCCGACGGAGUAGAUGGUUUUAUAAAGAUAUACAUAGUUUUGUCUUCUACUUCAAUUUCAUUUCCAUUCAUGUCAACUGACUAUGGAAUAAAAUAUCGGCGCGCCUUAAUAUAUAUAUGGACGUACUUACUAGACGUGCAAAUGAAUUUCAUAUAUUUAGUAUGAUCAUCACCAAACGGUUUCUUUUUAAAUCUAUAUAUAGUACUUACGUAUGAAUGUUAGUUAUAAUAGAGUCAACGAAUGUAUGUCUUUGAACAUCUUAGUGUAGGUGUAAGUGGAUGGUGUGUACCUUCCAAUUAUUGAGGAAGUGCAUCUCAAAUGUACAUAUAUCACAAAUAUGUAGCCACUAGGAGAAUCUCUGAAGACUUUGAAUUUUAAAAGCCGGAUUCAUUUGUGUUUUGUUCACUUAACAAAUACAUACACGUCUGUACAGAGGUUUAAUAAUAACAAAUCACAGGUUUGUGGAUGCCAAUUUAGAAUUUCAAACGGCCAAUUAAAAGUUUACCACAUUUAAUGGGUGAAAGGUCGUUUAUGUGAGGGGAUAUUAAAACCCAAAUAUCUUCCAGUAAUUUCGGCCUCAAAAAACUGCCAUCAAAUGAAAUUACUAGGUGACCAACAAUAUAUUGUACAUAAAUACAUAUAUACAUACAUAAAUUUGUAAUUAUUGUAUAUAUGUACUUGUAUGUCAAUGAAGUAAGAUCGAAGUCGAAAUUUAGGUACCUUUUAAAAAAUUAAAAGAAUAUGUAAGUAUUUUUUGAAUCUUGUCAAUUUUAUUUACUUUCCGUUAAAAGACCCCUCUUUGCAUUGAUCUUGUUGAAUCGGGAUGACACUUUCUCACAUUCAUUCUCGAAAUCCUUUGUAUAUAAAUUACUUAUUCUGGAAGUGAUCUUCUCUGACAAUAUUUUUGAUUACAACCCUACAUACCUACAUAUGUACAUACAAAUUUUAUAUCGAAAUUCCAUGCUGUCAAGGUAUAAACUGCACAAACUUCUACACACAAAAUCCAGAGGAAAACAAACAAUCGUAAAAUUUUUGGAUGUUACAUACUUAAAUACAUGCAAACACAUGUAAUUAAAUGCAAAAAUAGCUGUUGAAGGAUUGUAGAAAUAUGGAAUCAUAUGGAAUUUGGAAGUUAUAGCAAGAAGAAUGAAAUGUAAUAUAAUAAAAAAUAACUAAAUUUAAAAAUUAUUUAAAAUUGCAUAGAUACAUAAAUACAUAUUUCAAAUUAAGUAACAAAAACAAAAACAAAGAACAAAUUAAAUGAAACGAAAAUUUCUUUUGUCAAAAACAAUAAAGACCAAAACAAUAACACAUUCAUACUUACAUCUAUACUUACAUACAUACUUACGAUUAUACCACACUCACAGUUUCGAUAAAUAUAAAUCAAUUAGUACGUACAUAUGUACGUAAGUAUUAUUAUUACAUUAAAUACAUACUAAAUACUAUCUAAUAAAUAUAUAUACAAUAUACA